UCUGCGAGCACCGUGCUCAGUAUCUGACAACUGUCCAACUGUCAAAUGGCAAUUGCGCUUGUGAACUUGUGACUACAUUCGCGCGGUUAAGAAAUGGCAGCGGAAAUAAAACCCGCCCCGGGAGUGAAUCACGAUAAAUUCAGCAGCAGCCGCAAGCCGGUUCUCCUGUCGAAAUUGGAGGGCUGCAGCGACGACGUUAAUGCGGCUAUCAUUAUCCCACGGGAAGAGGGUGUAAUCAGUGUUUGCGAUGACAGGACAGUUAGAGUAUGGCUGAAGCGAGAUUCUGGUCAUUAUUGGCCGAGUAUUUGUCAAUACAUGCCAGCAGGUGCUACCUCUAUGCACUAUUGCGUAGAAACGAGGCAACUAUUUGUAGGCCUGGAUAAUGGAAGCAUUAAUGAAUUUAUUUUAGAGCAAGAUUACAAUCGAAUGACAGCUAUGCGCGAUUAUCUAGCGCAUCAAGCAAGAGUCACAGGAAUCAUUUUUGCAGCAGAUUUUGAAUGGGUCUUGAGUAUAGGCCGUGAUAAAUUAUUUCAAUUACACAGCUCCGAAACAGGACAAAAAUUAGGAUCGUACCAAACAGACGCAUGGUAUACCGCUCUACAAUUUGAUGCCCAAUCCAAACACGCUUUCGUAGGAGAUUAUUCCGGUCAGAUAGCCAUGCUAAAGCUGGACAAUAAUGGCGUUACCUUCAUUACUACAUUAAAGGCGCACACAGGAAGUAUCCAUACGUUGGCAUGGGACUCGGAGAAACAAUUAUUGUUUUCUGGUAGUUUUGAUCAAAGCAUCAUCGUUUGGGACAUUGGUGGUCGCCAAGGCACCGCUUACGAACUUCAGGGACACCAUAAUAAAGUAACGGCAUUAUGCUACGCGAACGUCGACCGCUUGCUCUUGUCCGGAGGCGAGGACGGCGUGAUUGUGUGUUGGAAUAUGGCGGCAAAUAGGAAGGAAACCGCCGCUUGGGUCGAAUCCGAUGUCUGUCAGGCUUGUGGAAGACCCUUCUUCUGGAAUAUAAAAGCUAUGAUGGAUCAACGACAGUUGGGAUUAAGACAGCAUCAUUGUCGCUAUUGCGGUCGUGCGUUAUGCGCUCGUUGCACAUCUCAACGAAUACCAAUACCGGCGAUGGGCUUCGAGUUCGAAGUAAGAGUCUGCGAUCAAUGUCACAUACAGCUCAAGUCGGAGAACCAAUCAUCGUUGGCCUCUUUUCAUGAUGCCAAGCACAGUGUCGUCGGGAUGGAUCUAGAUGCUCCUAGGCGAAGAUUGUUGACCAUCGGCCAAGAUCGCGUUAUUAAGAUUUGGGAUGUGUCCGCGCUCUUUCAGUGAAUUUCUACGUGUAUGUAUGUCGAUAAUCUAAAUUGCGUGAUAUGAAUCAAAUCACUGAGAGAUAUCGUCAUACUCGGAAGAAUACUCUGGAACCUAUUUUUGUGAUUAUAUAUGUAAUUAUGCCUGUUUGUGAAGUCGGUGAUCGGUGAUUACGUAACCCGAGUUGGAUCGACGAGCUGAUAGAAUAUGGAGCGAUCAUUUGUCAGUUUGUCGGUGACAACGUUAGAGUCUGCUUAAUCCAUAUCCAUAUUUUCUGCAUGAGAAAUCAGGAAAUAAUUGGAGAGAUAAUUAAUAUGACGUAAGCCUGUUAAUUCAGUGGCAUUGUCUUUAAACCUGAUGUUGUAUAUUGAUGUAGAAAAGUAUUUACUUCCAGAAGAACGUUUGCACGACUGCGCAACGUGAUUACAAACGUAAAUAAUAGUAUAUAUGUAUAUGCAAGGUACAUGGACUCCCUUUGAAAGACCAGGAUAACUUUGUGGUAAUCACAACGCAAUGCAACACAGAUGUAAUUAACAGUAUUAAAAUAUCUUUCCGAGAGUAUAUAUAUAUA